AUGAAAUUAAGCAUUUUACAAGAAAUACUUCUUUUAGCCCUACUGGAAUCUAAAAUUUAUUCUCGUGAACAUGACAAAUUCAAGUAUAAUGGAUCGGAUCCAGAUCUUUCUUUUUUGGAUACAAUUGAGGAAGUCAGUGGUUAUGUUUACCUGAGCCGGAACGAGGUGCGCCGAAUACCCUUGAAAUCUCUCAAAGUGAUACGUGGAGAACCGGCGUAUCAGUUUGGCGAUGAAUACGGUUCUUUGAUAGUUACACGUAACGGCAGGAAUUUGACGUACGGACUGGAGACUAUCGAUCUGCGUAGCAUUGUGGCCGUCUGUGCAGGUAAUAUGUGA